GUCCUGAAGAAGGAUAAAUUGCAGUGCGUAUUCAACUUUCCAGUUUCCACCUCAAAACCUAACCCUAAUCUCGCGCUCUUGUUCGUCAGCUCAGAAUUCAGAGAGAUGUCUCAUUUUGGGAGAUCUGGUCCUCCGGAUAUUAAAGACACCUAUUCUCUUCUUGUUCUCAAUAUUACUUUCAGAACCACUGCAGAUGAUCUUUUCCCUCUUUUCGACAAGUAUGGAAAGGUCGUUGACAUCUUCAUCCCAAGAGAUCGAAGAACCGGAGAAUCACGUGGGUUUGCGUUUGUCCGGUAUAAGUACGCAGAUGAAGCACAGAAGGCAGUGGAGAAACUCGAUGGAAGGAACGUCGAUGGCAGAGAAAUCAUGGUUCAGUUUGCGAAAUACGGGCCAAAUGCCGAACCCAUUCACAAGGGAAGGAUAGUUGAAGUAUCUCCGAGGACAAGAGGCAGGUCAAGAAGCCGCAGCCCCCGCCCAAGGUAUCGAGAUGAUCACCGGGACAGAGAUUACAGGAGGAAAAGCCGUAGCAGAAGCAGAGGCAGAUACGAUCGUGAAAGGUAUCGUGGGAGGGAAAGAGAGCAUCACCGUCGAAGCAGGAGCCGCAGUGCCAGUCCAGAUUCUCGCAGAGGACGAGAUAGAAAUCGGAAUGAAGAUGAGCGAAAGAGAACCCGCAGCCGAUCAUUUGAAAGUGCUUCACCUAAUCGGCGUAGUCCUAGCCCUCAAAGGAGUCCAAGUCCACGCAAGACACCGCCUUCCAGAGGUGAAAGCCCUGUAAGACGUAGCCGUGAUGAGCGAUCUCCAUCUCCCAGGAGUGUUUCUCCCCGAGGUCGACAUACUGAUUCUCGAAGCCCAUCCCCUAGGAAUUCAGAUGCUGAUGAAAGAUAGAGGGGCAUGACAUGGGGUGACAAGUGCUGGUCAUAUGCAUCUUGUGUAGUCGUAUUACUACAGUAAACAGGUCUUUGUGGAUUUCAAGUUGUCUGAUUAGAGUACUAAAUGCUAGUGUUGGUAGCCUCAACUUCCCUGGAAGGUUAACUAUGUCUUUUUUUUAUUUUUGAACUUAAUUUAUCCUUCUCUUUAGUUAGGUGGUAGACUGAUCUCUGGACUCUUGUAGUUUGUGGGAGAUCUGGAAAUUUUCCAAUAUCCAUUAUAGAUUCUAUAUUGCUGCUUCAAAGUAUCCUCUAUUGUUUUUCAUUCAUCUCAAGUAUGUGUGUUUUUAAUUGUAUUCAUUUUUCAGUUGAUGGAAAUUCUGACUUGUGAUGAAUCAUAUACUGGGAUUUUAUAGUUAUGAUCGUGAAAAGAGUCAGUGUGGCUGACUGGCGGAUGGUGAUGUAGUAGCUGUUGAUGAUCUUUUAUACUUCCUAGAUGGAUGAUGUUCGUUUUGACGCUGGUCAAACAACAUUAAUCUUGUGGUUGCCUUCACCUAAAAUGUUUAAUUUGCUGUGAUGAUUUCUUGAUGGGUAAGGUUGAUAAUUCAAAAUUGGUUUCUCUUUUAAAUAAUCUUAAAUCCACAAGAAAUUUAUCUUUUAACUA